AUGAUAAAAUGACGGGGGGUGUACUCGAUAAUGAAAUUUCAAAUUAGAAUGUUUACUUUGACCAUUCACGAUAGACGAAUUGAUUUCAGCAUUUCGUGGCGAUAAUUACAAUCAGGUGUUUUGUUGGGAGUAUUUGUGAUUUUAUUUAUAAGCGCGGCACAAGUUAUCGGAAUACUAAGCGACAAAUAUGGCUCAAGGACAAAAGGAAGCUGCACCAGCAAAAGAGAGAUAUAUUCCAAAUGGAUUGAAAUUUGCUUUUGGUGGAUUUGCUGGUAUGGCAGCCACAUGUGUGGUCCAACCACUUGAUCUAAUCAAAACCCGCAUGCAGUUAAGUGGUGGUGGUCGAUCAUCCUUCACUGUAGCUGGCGAAAUUAUUGCUCGCGAGGGAUUCGCUUCGUUAUAUACCGGACUAUCUGCUGGCCUGCUUAGACAAGCAACUUAUACAACUACACGUCUUGGUGUUUAUAGCUGGUUAUUUGAUGCUUAUCGAGAGCGACACGAGGGUGAAGCUCCGGGCUUCGGGAUGAAAACUGCUCUAGGUAUCGCAGCAGGUUCUAUUGGUGCCUUCGUAGGAACACCUGCUGAGGUGGCGCUAAUUCGGAUGACAGCUGACGGAAGAUUACCAGCCGAACAGAGAAGGAAUUAUAAAAAUGUUGUCGACGCUUUGUUGAGAAUAAUUCGUGAAGAAGGCGUGUUAAAGUUAUGGCGUGGUGCGAUGCCCACAGUUGGGAGGGCCAUGGUCGUUAAUGCGGCACAACUUAGCACUUACUCCCAGGCUAGGGAAAUGUUUGUUGGUUACGUCCCUGAUGGUAUAACGCUGCACUUCUGCGCGUCCAUGGUGUCCGGUCUGGUCACCACCAUCGCUUCUAUGCCCGUGGAUAUUAUUAAAACCAGGAUACAAAACGCUGCCAAAGGUCAAAGUCAAAUGUCAGUAGUGUCAAAUCUCCUCAAAAACGAAGGGGUGCUGUCACUGUGGAAAGGAUUCGUGCCCUACUACGCCCGGUUGGGUCCACACACCGUGCUCACUUUCAUCUUCCUAGAACAACUCAACGCUGCUUACUUUAAGUAUACUUAAUUAUUAAGACUUAAACUAUUUAAGUUAAUAUAUUUAGCUAUAGAAAGCUAAAAUACCAGUAAACUGCGUAAUAAAAAAACACGUUUUUAUAAAAAUCUCAUUUCUACUCUCUUUCCAACAAAUUGUGUUAACGUUGUGUUGAAAAGAGAUAGAACACUUAUAACGGUGCAAGCUAAUUAAUAUAUAUUUUAGUUAAUGUUUUUAUAAAUUUAGAUUUGGUUCAAAACCAUCGUAAGUAUAAAUGUAGUUGACAGUUCCUUAUUAGUACAAAAGUUAACCACACUUUUUUGUUAUUAUUUAACUUAAAUUUUCUUGUUUGGUUAUAUUUAAUUUUACGAAACUAUUGCUUUUGUUAAUAAGACAAUGUAACUCGGUCGUGUGAUUAUAACGGCGCCAAAUGCGGCGUGGUCACAGAUACAAAAUAUGCCAUAGAGUAAAUGUAGACUGUAAAUGAAAUGUACUGUAGAUGUAAACUUCGAGAAAAUAAAGUAUGAAGGUUA